UAGAAAGGAGGCAGAGAACCCUGGAGUUUGCAUUGGUAAGGGAAAGAUGCAUCUGUUAUUGAUUCAUGACAUUACUUCAGGGCCAUGCUGAUUUAAUCUGUUGUAGUAAUAGCCCUCAUCAGUAAAUGAAGCCAUGGGUGAAUGAAAGCUUCAUCUAGAAGAGGAAGCAAGUAGCAGCGCGCAAAUAUCCGCUCAGAAAUGCCAAAGGCACUGGAAGCCCUUACAGAACAUGAAAAACUCAUCUGUAACAGAAGUACACUGCUGUGAAGUGAUGGAAACGCAGAUACUGCCAGAUUUAGCAAGUUCUCUAAUACUUUUGAAUAUCUCUCUUAUAAAAAAAAAUUAAUUCCAUGUAAUCUUUCUUAUGGGAAAUGAGUCAUUAAGGGGGCAGACCUCCUGUUUUUGCACUCCUGCUCCUUAGAAGAGGUUAACGGUAACCCUGAAUUCACAGACGUGUGAUCCCAGUGCUUUCUGAACUGUCACCCUUUCCCUGCUCCAAACAUCAGAUUGUUAUUUUUUCUGCUAUAAUGGGAAUGGCUGAAUAAUUUGAAGUAACAUUACAGACUGAGAAGGGGCGUAUUCUGCUUUGCUGGAACUUCAUGUUUUCCUUCUGCGGGUUGAUAACAGCUCCCAUUCAACAUUUCUGAGCUACUCAGCGCGUUUUUUCACUUUCACUCUGGUCGGUCAAGAAUAAUUUUUCUACAGUAAGGAAAAAUGGCAGUUGAACGCGAGGACGAGCAGGAUUUUACACACAGCAUGAUGGAGAACUGGCUUACAUCCAACCCUGAGCGACAGCACGUGUUAGGAGCAGCCCUUCCCAGAACUCUGUUCUCUCUGCCCUUGCCCAGUGGGGAGCCGAGAUCUGCGGGGAUUUCCUGAGCAAAGUUGGCUGAAAUGAAGUUCUGAGACCGCAGAGUUCACACCGCCGACAAGCCAAGGUGGCGGAAAGAUGCGAGCGCCAUGACCUCUAAGGAUGUUUCAGGCAAAGCUAAUAGUAACUGGAGAUGACUUUGGCUACUGCCCUCAGAGAAACCGAGGCAUCGUGGAGUGUUUCCUAGCUGGAGCUGUAUCUAACGUGUCCCUUCUGGUCAAUGGAAGUGCUGCAGCAGAUGCAGCCAAACUGGCAACGAGAUACAACAUCCCCAUAGGACUGCACGCCAACCUCUCUGAGGGCUCCCCUGUAUGUGAGGCGCUCAAGACAAACUCUUCUCUGCUCAGUGAAGCUGGAUUUUUUCAUGGGAAAAUGGGAUUCAGAACAGCUCUAUCAAAAGGCCUCCUAAAUAUGUCAGAGGUGAAGCAGGAGCUAAAGGCCCAGGUGGAUCUGUUCCAUGAGCUAACAGGCCACCUGCCUCCUCACAUGGAUGGACACCAGCACAUUCACGUUCUCCCAAAGGUCAGGCACGUGUUUGCAGAAGUGUUAGAGGAAUAUGGGAUUGAAUACACUCGUGUCCCAAUAGAGCCAGGCCUUCAUAACUGUGACUGGAUUGAGCCAUCCCUGAUGGACUUCUAUGUGGGAGUAGAAGAAGAUUCUCUGAAGACAGUGGAUGUGUUUAAAAAGCAUGGAAUAAGGUGGCCAGACGUUUACAUAGGUUUGAGUACCAUGGGCAAGAACAUGUCUGUGAGUGCCAUCCAGAAUGCCAUAGACACCGCCAUUGUGGAGUUCACAUCCAAGAUGCCUGCACACCCAGUGCCUCAGCACAGGACGGUGACGAUUGAACUGAUGGUGCACCCAGGGUACCCAAGCGUCCCUCCCAUCGGUGGCUGUGGGGAAGGACCGGAUGAUUUCUCACAGUCCUGGGAGCGCCUGCAUGAACUCCAGACAUUAAUCAGGCCGGAGCUGCAGAGCCAUUACAAAACAAGGAACAUUCAGCUUUGUUCAUUCAAGGAUCUGUAAAUAUACAUAUUUGCAUACCUGCGUUUGUACUUCAAGGGUACACAGUUGCUAAUGUCCCCGUAAGCCGGACCACGUUCCCAGCCUUUGUAACACCUCCCAGCACAGCUGGCAGGAGCUGUCAAUGGCCUGGAAGUUGCAUGAAGCCUUUUGUGAAAGUUGAAACAGUUUGUGAGCAGUGACAGGCAAGUACCUGGGGGUGCAUAUCCUAGUACUGUGGAACGCUGUCCUGUGAGUCAGUCAUAUUCCAUGUGAACCUUCAGCCUGAAAGUCCUUGUCCUGUUUGUUCAUUUUAAUUCCAAUCAUGAAAGCAUGUGAGCUGCAAUGAGCCCCGUACAUAUUGCUGUGUUUAACUGCAUUUUAAGAUGUAGACGUGUUAUUGACUUUCUGUGUGGCACUUUCUUCUUCCAGACUGUUGGUGCUCAUUUCCUGUGCAAAAGCGAUCUACCUAACAUCAUUUUAAAGCGUUUUUUAAAUACUAAAAAAAAUUAAUAUUGCCAUCUUUUCUAAGCAAAAAAAUAGUCAGGUCUUUUUCUGUUGUAAUGCAGUGUGAGCAGAAAGCGCUCAGGUAUCUGCUCCAGGCGCAAGGCCCUGCAGAGCUGGGAGGGCAUCUUUGUGUCACUUUGGUCACUGGAGCUGUGUGAUCCACCACUCCUGUGCACCUGAGGCAGUGUUUGCUCUGUACAAACACAAAAAAUCAUCGAGGACACUUGGUAAAAUAUUUUCUCAGGCUCUUUCCUAAGUAUCGUAACGGAGCUGAUUUGACACGGGACAGUUUUUUUUAUCUUGCCACGCUGUGCCCGUGCUGUGCAGAACAGCGGAGUCCUCCCAGGAGCAGUGUGAGCAGCGCCUUCGGUGCUGCACUUCGCCUCACCGCCAUCUGAGGGCGCAGUUUACGCGGUGUGGAAACAAAACGCGGAAGACCGCAUCUUCAGAGCUGCGGAAGGUAACGGAGGUGCCAGAGCGCGGCUGGACGCGCGAGCGCCAUCUGCUGCCCUGCCGCGUGCUGCAAAGACGGUGCGCCAAUACUGCAGCUCCAUCUCCGCACUGUGACCGUGGUACGAUGGAUAAUUUAAACCUUAAUCUGAACUUUCGAACUGCGCAACAAUCGGUGACUUUGCUCUGUUCACAACCGUUGGGAUGUAACUUAGCUCAGCUUGUAUGAUUUUCUUCUAGCUGAACGUGGAAAUGAACACAACAGUCUAACCUGAGCAGAAGUUGUUAAGAAAGGCAUUUUACAAAUACCUCAUUGUCAGAUGAGCAGAACUGAAACCCAAUUUUUUAAAUUGAAAUGAGUUCUAAAUGUGGAAAUGAAUACAGAGCUUCUGAAAGACUGGUAAAUAAGGAAGCUUUCCCUUGCACGGAAUGCACAGAGGUUUCUCAGGGGCUCUUCACAUUCACCACAGAGUUGAGACUGGAAGCACAUGCAGGCUGCUGUGAUACACAACACUGUACACAGAUAGCCGAGGUACAAACAUGAAAUCUCUUUGAAAAUAAAACCAUGCCACAAUGCCUUUGAGAGCAAUUUUUAUUAGGGUAGCAGAAUGGAAUUGCAGAAAGCCUAUACCAGUGUUCAUGGGUGUAGUUGUUUUAUUUUGGAUUUUCAACUGCAUGUUUAGAAUUCAGCAUGGCUUAGGGAACCAGAGAGCACAAGAGCUUGAUUUCCUGAGUUAACAAAGGGUUUGAUUUCUUUUUCACCUCAGACUUCAACCACACAGUACAGUAUUUGAUCUUUAUCUUCCUUUUAGAGGGCCACCUGCAAACAAAAGCCAUCACUUAUGUUACACACUUCAUGAUUAAAAACUGAGCUCUGAAACACACACAAAGAAAACUGAUGGUAAUGCUCAUCUUCUGUGUGAUCUUUACAAAUGAAAUGAGAACAGCUAGCAUACAGCACUGCUAUAGACCUCUACGAAUCAGCUGAAGCUCCUUCAGUUACACAGCUCUUCCAGUUUCCUUACAAUGGCAUCCAAGCCACACUGAAAUAAAUGCAGUCUUUAACCUGAGAGGCUUACAACCAGAAAGUAUACUGUUUAGUAGUAACGAUGGCAGCAAACUAGUGCUACAGUCGUUUUAAAUAAUAAAAAUAAUGCAAAUUUAAAGAACGUUUCAAUUGUGAACAGACAUGAUCAAAAAGUACAGUGACUCGGCUGAUGCGAAGUUACACACUUCAGUUCAACAGAUAAUUUGGCAUUAUUUUAUUACGAAUCUGAGUGAGCGUGAAGGAAACAAAAUCAGUACCAACUUUCUGCAACCAAAGACACAAAGAUGUGAAAAAUUUGGUAACAGUGCUCUCACAAGCCAGGAAACACUUAGGGAAGGUAAGUUUCCGUAAAUAAGGUGAAUGUGGUUUAACUUCAUUUACCUGCCAAAGAAUCCAUCUAAGAACACUUAACAUGAAAUUUCUUAGCUCCCUAACUAAUAAAAAAAAAAAUCACUUUCAGCAGAGGUGAGGUACUGGGCUGUCAUUGUUCACUAAAUCCAAAAUAAAAGCCAGAUGAGAGAAGGGCAAAUGAAGGAAUAGCAAAUAUACUUUAAAAACCAAUAGACCUACAGUUGAUGCACUACUUCUGCAAGGUUGCAAAGGUAGAGGCUGUAUUAAAAGUGACUCUAGGAGUAUAGACAACCAUCCAGAUGUGAGGGAUUUUCUAAUUCAAGUUCUUGCAAAUCGAAGUGAUAUGUACUCCCAGCUACCUAUGGAUUUCUGGAAUUCUUUUUACUCAGUAACAUACUCAGGUUCUACAGGUGGAGAAGGCAGUUUGAUUGUAUGGCAGUUUGAUUGGAGCUACAAUCACACUUCAGACUUAGGACACGCAGGCAGAAGAAAAGCAAUAGAGACACAGUAAAGGUGCCCAACUCUGAAUAGAAAGGGCAACCUUCAGCAUGCGUGAGUGUGCCUGGAGCAAAGGGAAAACAGCUCUGCCCAAGUCAGAAUGAUAACUUGAAGUAGUCAUCAGAUAACCUAACACGUACUUUUAAAACGUAGGAACAGUAGCAGUGAAGUGUAUUCAGUUUAUUGCUUAAUCCUACUCUCGUACUAUUUUCAGUAAUAACUGUACAGCAACUGGGAAGGAAGUGGCGUGAGUGCCAUUCCCUAGCACGUAUAUCAUCUGCAUUUGGAUGAAAGAAAAUCUCACUAGCAGUGCUAACAUUCACUAUUUGAUAUUCAUUCUUUCCUAAAAUACCAACUGUUUCACUCAAUACCAGUUUAGUAUUUCGGUGUAUCUCUUGGUCCUCAAUUUCUGAAACUUCUAAACUGGUCGCACUGUUGUUCUGUGCACAUUAUCCAAGCUAACUUACACUAACUUUUAUUAAGAAUAAAAGUGAAAGGAGUUUGGAAUCACAUUUUACUACUACUUUUUUUUUCCCAGCGUUUUCCAAAAGCAGGACAUAAGCCAUAUUCUAAUUCAAUAACGCAGACAAGAAAUUGGAUUUCCCCAUUUAAUAAACAUUUUGUGGUAACAUCAGCCAGAUUUACAUAAGACCUGGACAUUUCUGAUUGUAGUUGGGUUUUUUUUUUAUUACGUUACAAACUGAAGUUAAGGGGAACUUGCAGCAAGUCCCACAGAGCACAGUGCAAUGUUUUGAAGAGAAGAGUAAACAAAACUGCCAAACACUCAAUCAUUUUCUGCCAGAAGUGGGAUAUUUUUUCUAAGACAUCAGUUUGAGGAGGAGCAAAAAUUCAAUGCUGAAUUAAAUGAACUCAGGAUAGUGGUAACUGCAAGGAGAAGUAAGAAAUGACAGCCACAACCUUUUCAAUUCAAGGGCAGAAUAUAAGUCUAAGAUAUUUUUGAUAAAUUCUGACAAAAAAAAAAAAAAAAGAAAA